UUGGUGGAAAAUAGUUGCUCAACUAUAUAUUUUUUGUAUCUUUUUUUUCCUACAGGGUAUUUACGUAGCCUCGCAAACACUUCCACAUUUAUAAAAGAUUUCCUGUUGCACAUAUCCUCAACAUAUAUGUAUGUAUGUAUUUAUAUUUCAAUACUCCAAAGUCUUUUGUUGGCGCUGCAAUUAAGCACACACAAAACAAGGACAAGAUUAUUAAACCCGAUAGAAGAGGGGAAAUCAACUGCAAGCAGCUGACAGCUGUUCACAAACUACAUUCGAAUCCUUACAGAUCCUGCUUGCUUGCUUGCUGCUCCAAUGUGUUUGUGUUAAUAUGCCUUUUCAAUAUGCUCUCCUUGCCUCUGCACGCUGACUCCUUCGGCGUUCUUCGAGUUUCUGCAUUUGUAGUUGUUGCAACGCAGCAGUUGUUUCUACAUGCAUUGUUAUUUGCUUAAUGAUUGUUUUUGUUGUUGCAACUCUAACUAGUUUUGGCGCGUGCCUCCUGCCACAGCAUAGCUGCUCUUUGUCUAUUUUUCAAUAUCUGUCGCCUUUGAUUUGGUCUGCUUUUCUAACGGCUGCUUGAUCUCAUCACACCUUUGCAUUUGAGUGCUUACAUCUGUACUUGUAUAUGCAUAUACAUAGUAACUGCAACGCUCAAAUAAAACCAAAAUCUUUUGCUUCAUUGUUGCACAUUUCCUUAGUACGUGCCACAUAUUGGCAACAACUGCACUCGUUGCGCUUAGCAGCUUAUUUAUGUCGACUGCGACUGCAUAAACUUUGAAAUAUUGCGAAAGAUUUGCUCAUCGGUCAGAUGUUAUAUACAAACAUACAUAUGUGGUUCCAAAUCAUAUUUUGUAUCGAAUUUCGGAAGAAUUCAAGUGUUAUUAAAAAAUUAUAUAAACCGUGCUAUCCUUUGACAACCUGAGGCAGACAAUGCUUGGUCGUUGUCCCCAAAAGUUUUCAAAAUUAGUCACGAAUUUGAUAUACAUAUAACUCCAAAUGAAUCCAAAGUCCAUCUCUCUUUGGUCUAUCUAACCCAUGGUUAGUUUAGCUUAGGUUGUAUGGCUGUUACCCAGAGGGAAAACACACUCAGACUAUGAUAAACAGUCCUUUAUGAAGUCAAGAUCAUCCCCCUUGAUUCGAUAUUAAGACUCGACAAAGCGCCCCGAGUUUCUAACCCAAAGGAGGCACCCAUUUUUCUCCAUCGUCACUAACUAGUGGAUCUCCACAUAAGCUCUAGCAAUUUCUCUCGCGUUUCUGUUUUUAUUUAGAUAAAUUAUGUUUAUGUCAACCAUAUGACUGGCUAGGUCAUGUUGUACGAAUGGAUGAACGUGCUCCAGCUCUGAAAGUAUUCGAUGCAGUACCCGCUGGUGGAAGCCGAGGGAGAGGGAGACUUCCACUCCGAUGGAAGGACCAGGUGGAGAGGGACCUGGCUUCGCUUGGAAUAACCAACUGGCGCCAAACUGCCAGAAGGAGGGAUACGUGGCGCGCUGUUUUGGACUCGGCUAUAACCGCGUAAGUGGUGUCUACGCCAGUCAAGAAGAAGAAGAAUAUGACUCCAUACAACUCCAUUUUUCUUCCUUUCCAUCCUGUGUUAAUACCGCCUUACGUUUCUUACCACUAGAACUAGCAAAUUUAAAGAUUUAUAAAGUGCCUCCGAACAAAGUACCACAUUGGAUUUUAAGGUGCUUAUGUUACUUCAAAAUUCAAAAUAAUUGAGGGCAAUAUUAAGGUAUGUUCAAAAAAUAACGGGAAUUUUUGUUUUUGAAUAUAAUAUUUAUUCGGCUACAUUGGUGUUGUCGCCUUCAAAACAGUCUCCAUUCGAUACCAGCGCUUCUUCCAAUCGUGGAAACACUUCUCAAACCCCAAUAUGAAAAAUUUAAAAUUCCCGUUAUUUUUUGAACAUACCUCGUAUGUAUUGUAUUACUUAAAUUAUUCAAAAGAUUAAACAUAUGUGUAUGGGUGUCAUUUACAAACCAUUCGAUUAAGAAAGCGUGGGAUCGUGGGAACGCUUGAGAUUUGUGACUUUUGACGUAAAGCGUUAGUGAUCGAUUAAAAGGGUCAGUAACCUAAAUAUCUAUAUACAUGUACAUAUGUUAAAUGCAUCACAGUCCAAUGUUCCAAACAUUUAAAUGAUAUUUCCGAAAACUUUCUCAAGGUAUAGUUUACCAAAAACGCACUUUCUAUAAAAAAAACAAUAUUCGAUUUAUGUAUGUUUAAGCACAGAUUUAUUUGUGGGUUUGUCAUCACCCCACCAGCUAAUGUGACAUUUAUUAACUGUAAGUAAUUCGACACUUCAGCUGUGUUGGCGGCUGCGCCAGCGUCAGCGUCAAUGGUAGCGCCUGCGCACGAUGAUUAAAUAAGCGCUUGGUAUCACUGCCUGACAAUGCGCCGGCUUGAAACGACUAUUCGAAUGAUUUGCCACACAAAUGCAUAUAUUAUUCAAAUGCUUUUAUGGAUAUAAAUGUACAUUCACGUUUCCACCCCUUAAGGGAAGUUGAAAACUGCAAAUAAUAAUAUAGAAUAUCUCGAGUGAAUAGCAUUUGAAAAUAUCCUGACGCUUAAAAAAAACACAAUUUAACGUAUGGAGGGUUAACACGCAAUCAUACAUGUUUGUAGCAACAAAUUGUAACGGUCGAAUUUGUUUUUUUGUAAAGAGGGGAAAUUUAAUCAAAAUAUGCGGCGGAGUGUUUGUACAGCUAUGUGUAUGUACGAGUUAAUAUAAUCAUCUGUAUAUAUUACUUUUUAUUAUUUUUUACGCUGAUUAAUUUAUAUACAUAUGUAUAAGCUAUAUACAUACAUGUCGUACAAAGAACUGUGCCUACUUAGCAGGUCCUACAUAUGUAGAUAUGAGAUAUGUGUGAAUAGACGGCAUUUCAUUAGUUUCAAUUUGAGUUAUUUCAGUGAGUCAAAAUAUGAAAAAUAUUUUUUUUUUCUCUGAAAAACUUAUAAAAAAGCAACGACCGCUUAAAGAGCUCACACCUGAAAUGAUUAUCUUUAAGAAACGACUUCUACCGAUUGAAGUUGCUCUGUGACUAUCUAACUUCCAACACCUAUAACUAAACGAGUUAGAUAUAGGGUUAUACAUAUAUACCAAGUGAUCAGGGUGAAGCGAAGAUUUCAAAUCCAAAUGUCUGUCCGUCUGUACAAGCGAUAACUGCCAUAACUAAGCUAUAUAUUUGGCUGUGAAAAAAAUCAAAAAUUUUAUUUUUCAUUGGCGAUAGUUUCUCAGAAUGAAAAUGUCCUCCGAGUGAUCCUCCGAUAUUAAAAAUACUCUUAUAAUAAUAUCCAUUAAUGUUUCGAAGAUGACUGAACUUUUAAGAACCUAUAAUUCUCGAAAAACCUCGAUCCAAGAGAAAGAAGUUUUCUAAUUCCAAGUAUUUGAUCGAGCUUAAAAACUGCUUUUUCCACAUACAAAUAUAAAGAAUUUUUAACCGCAUAGAAGCCAUGAACCAACUUUACUUGAAAAUUACUAACCAACUCGUUUUUCAACAACCUAUUCGUACUCGCUAUUAACAUUAGCGGUGACAAUGAAAAUCGCUUUUUAUAAACGCCGGCUGCGCUUGCGCAAACAAAGCCUGCACAUGGCGACGCAAGCGCCGGGGGUGGAAGAGUGAUGAAGGGGAAUGCUAGAAGAAAAUGCAUACCUUACUAACUAAAAACUACCCUCAGAACCCUCGGAAAUGAUGUGGAAACUUAUUAAGUAAAAUUAUUUCAUUGUAUUAAAUGCAUGUAUGUAUGUAUGCAUGUGUGCGUUUGUGUAAAGUUGUGCUGGUAGGCACCAAGAUUCGAUCCUAGCUGGUGCCACUGGCGGCGUACGUCAACUGACUGCUGGCAGGCAAGCAGCCGUUGCAGGAGCAGAUGUUUCCAAUUGAGACGAAUAUGCGCGCGCCAAAGCAAAUGCCAUGGCAUUGUUCAAAACAUUAUGUUGGUGUGUGUGUUUAUAUGUACCUUUGAUAAUCAGCGGUUCAACUCCGGCUCGCAGUGUUAUUUAGCACAAUUAUUAUUACAUACACAGCACUGGCACUGAGUCUUGUGGCACGAUCUAUAGAGGGGGAGCUGAGCGUCGCCGUUGACGCUUCAGCCACACAUGAGUGGUUAUAUACAGGCAAACACAUACACAUACAAAUGUCAAUAUUAUUAUGGAACCCAAGCGGGGUUGCAAUUCGUAGCUUCUACUUUUGGCAGUUGGUCUUCCGACUUUACCGACAUUCUUCAGACUUCAGACAUCAGCAGUUGUGCAGCAGAAGUCGUCGCGAGUGGAAGCAAGAAAAUUUUGGAAAAUAAUUUAAAAAACGUUUAAAAAAUAGUGAAAAAUAUAUAUGAAAGUGCUGGUAGUGUUAAGGAAAGUUGCAAUUAUUAUGCUUCAACGGUAAACCGUUCGUAUUGAGUUAUAUCUAAAACUCCUACAAGAAGUUCUGUGAAUAAAACUAUUAACUGGAAGAAGUUUCCUUAAUUUGUGCUACAACUUUUGAAAACAAUUAGAACGAAGCAAUUUGAAACGCGCUGAUCGUAUAAACCAACCAAAAUGUCGCAACACAAUUACACGAAUCCGGCAUUUUGUCAAGGUAGUGAAUUUUACCCGACACGCGGCAUCGAAUUGGACUCGGUGCAACAACAGCACGUCGAAGCGAUCUACAAUCGCAGCUUGAACAUUUCUUAUGGCGGUCAUACGGCGCAGACAAAUGCACGCGUUGGUCCCCUACGUCUUCAGCGAAGCAUGUCGACGCGUUCGGUUAACACGCAGAAACGCCAGAAGACCACAGCCAUACCGGGGGUGCACUUAAGUCGUCUAGCGACACAACCAAAUCAACACCAAUACAACCACCAACAGCAACAACAACAACAACAGCAGCAGCAGCUACAACGUCAGAGCCAACAUACACCGCAACAGCAUUUCAUAAAAAGUCAAGCUUCUACAACGCCUGCGCGUACAAACCAAUUCAAUGCCGUUACCGAGCCAGCGAAUUUCGAAACGCGCUCGAAUUCCGGCCGUUACGCGCUCGUGCCGUUAGAGGAUUUGCCUACGGCCGUUAGUAAUAAUAAUAACAGCCGUUACGCAAUCGUGCCUGGUCCAAGCGCACCGCUAACAACUUUGCGUCGCUAUGCUAAAUCUCAGGAUAACCUCGAUUGUUAUGGUUCUGAUGGACGUUUGCACAGUGAUGAUGAACCAGCCUCUUUUCACGAGGAACCCAACUCAUUUCAUGGUCAAACCACAGAUACGGCUUUCACGAGUCUACCACCAGUCUUUGAGCGUGCCAGAUCCGCGCAUCCGAUUACAAAGCAGCCACAACCAUUGGCGCCGAAGAUCAAGCAUGCUUUCUCCAGCGAUUUCGGUAGUAAAACCUUUUUAAUUGUGGAUAAGAAUAGCAAUCAACGCUACCAAAUGGUACCCACUGCGGAGGAUGAGGAAUUAGUCGAUGACAAUCAGGAGAUCAUACAAAUGCACAACGGACGUGCGCAUCGCUAUGCAGUCAUACCAACUGAGGAGGAGGCGGACCAUAUGCUCGGCGCAGCGGAUGAAGAGGAGGAGACGUGCUUGAGCAACUCUGAUUUGAACCGCAGUGAGAAUUUCUUUAUUGGCAAUACCAUGAAAACGCCAAGAAAUGCAACGAUGCGUACCUCAACACCACAGAAACUGCCAGCUGCGUCACAACCACCGAGCGGCAACACCUCCUAUCCUGGUACGCCUAUGAAAAAUCCAGUGGCUACCAAAAUGUUGCACGAAUUACUAUCGACGCCACGCAAAACGCCACUGCCGCGCAGCGUAACACCACGCAAUCUGUCGCCCAUGGAACGUUUGCCGGAAAACCAGCAACCGCCAGAGCAGCAGCGCACCAAAUACCACUAUCGCAGCCAACAACAAUUGUGUUACAAUACACCUAUUGAACGUCGUGUGGAACGCACGGCACAGAGUUUACACUACGAAUCGGUGAAGACGCAAGGUGAUCGCACUAUGGCGGUAAUAACGCCACGCAUCACAGCACACCAAUCGAAAGUUUAUCCGGAAGUAGCGGAGGAGGACUGCAGCAGCAUACACGGCAAGUCCUCGAACACCACUACACCCUAUCCGCAAAAGGUGGCCAAUGCGACAGUCACACUAGCCAUCGUGUCGCUCAUGAUGGUGAUCAGCAACAGCAUGAAUUCGGCGCUCAUUAUCUACAUGAUUGCACACUUCGGCAAGUCCUUUUAUCUGCAGUACAGCUUGGUGUCCGCCUUCAGUGGCGUCGGUCUCGGUUUUCUCGGUUUUCGUUCACGUCAUUGCGAAUGGCUGCCGAAUCGUAGCUACAUCUCGGGGUAUAUCCUGUUAACGGUCUUCAGUUUACUUAAAUGUUGUUGUCUUGUGGUUAUACUCGUGCUGGAUCCGUAUCCAGGACUGCCACUGCACGAUGUCACCACAGGCAUUAUACUGGGUCUUUCCACAUUCACGAUUUUCUUCAUCGGCCUUGGCGUGAUUGGCUCACUUUGGUGCUACAGACCCCCGCCAGAUAAUCGCGUUAAUGUGGCUUAAGUAUUUAUUUCAAAAUUUAUGAUUUUUUUUUAAUUUUCAGGUACUUAUUUAUCUCAUAAUAUUUAUUUAGUUUAAUAUAAUUUAUAUUUAUGUCAUUAUUGCGUACUUUUUAUUUAGUUAUUAGUUGUUUAUUUAGUUUAGUUCACAAAUGUAAUGCAAAAAUUAUAUCCACGGCUAAAAUACCAAAAAUAAGUAGAACAAGUUGUUCAUCUACAUACACUGUUCGAAAAAAGACUGUAAAUAACUACAUAUCUUUUGAAAUACUUGCAUAUUUAUAUAGACGAAAGAGGCACACACAAUCCAGUUUUAGUACAGUAAGUUAUGCAGACAAUCCUAUCAUACUUAAAUGGUUGUACUGUUAUAUGGUUGUAAUAGUGUUAGGUUUAUAGGUUAGGUUUAUAGUGUUUAUUUAAUUAAGAAUAAUUUAGUUAUAGGUAUAGUAAAAAAUAAGUACUAAGUUCAAAAAUAUAUAUUUAUAUAUUUGUAUUUAUAAUUAGUGUUAGAUAAUAUAUAGAGAUAAAUUAGAUAAUAUAUAAAUUAUAAUAAAUAAAAUAUAUAUAAGUGUAUAUACAUAUGUAUCUAGCAAACAGGUUUUUAUAGCAUCUCACUAAUUUGUAAUUAAUGUAAAUUUGUACAAAAAAUAUAAUAAUAAAGAUUUUCGAAAUCAAAACAAGUUAAUUAUGGAUAUGAUAGAUAUAUGCGAAUUGGGUUAGAUUGAGAAACAGGCCAUAUAUGUAUAUGUAAGAAUGAAAGAUUAUUUUUUGUCACCAAUUUACCUUUACCUUAGAUACCUUUACCUGAGAUAUAUAUAAGUCUAAAUUUGGUUUCUAAGAAACUGAAAUAGUAUACUUUAUUUAAUGGCUUCGAUGGUUUCCGGAGCUCCAGAAACUGAAAAGCUUUAUUCUACGAGACUAAAUUUCGUUCCUGAGUGAGCUGAAGUAAUAACUGUAUUUUAGGACUUCGACAGUUUUUGGAUAUCCAGAAACUGAAACAUCUACUUUAUGUUGGGACGGUUUCCCGAGAUGUAUUUAUGUAGACCUAUGAAAUAACCAAUUGGCGCCAAACUGCCAGAAGGAAGGAUACGUGGCGUGCUGUUUUGGAAUCGGCUAUAACCGCGUAAGCGGUGUCUACGCCAGUCAAGAAGAAGAUGAAAUGUGAUGCCUGAGGAACUCUAGUUGUCCGUUUUGAUGAAAACAGGUCAAAAAUAAUAAGAUGACUAGCGAGACCUUUUUGAAAUCAUCAAUUCAAAUAUAAAAGAGGCCGGAUAUAAGACUGACAUCAGAUAAGAUAUUGUAAUUCAAUUUUUGUGUACGGGAACUCAUUUUUUAGUAUUUUGCUAACUAUCCGAAUUGGUAAAAAUAAUAAAGAAAUAGAAACUGAUGUGGACUGGAUGGUUUAAAAAAAAUUGUGAUGGACAUUCAUAGAGUAUUCGGAAGGGCCACUAAGAAAUGUUCUCUCAACAAAUGGAAUCUAACGGGGUCUACGGGAUUUCAGUAUUAGUCAUAACUUUUACAUUUUUCAUUUCUUCAAUAAGGUCCAUGGAAACGUGCUAUGCUGUGGUUGAAAACGGUGACUUCCUAAAAGAACGAAUGGUCUGUUGAGUUUCCGAUCUAGAAUUGCUGACUAUUUUCAUUACUACAAUGAAGCAAUUCAAGCACGAUAUUCAUCAACAAAACUGACGUGUCCGUAUUAAAACUCCAGAAAUAAUUUAAAUUAAAAAUUAUUAUUUUAGAAAACCCAAUCUUAAAUUGUAAAUAAUCCCAACAAAUGGUGUUAAAACACAUCAAUUUGUGAAAUUUUAGUCUGAAAUAAAUGAAAAUCUUUUCAGUAUUGGUUUUCAAAAAAAUCUUAAAGAAUCCUCCUAUUAAUGAUUUGUAUGUCUAAUAUUACAAGAAAUGCUUGAAAGCUUUCCAAAAGCCGUUCAUAUUUCUAAUUAUCUUCGUAUAGUACCGUUUAAUUGGAUCUAACACUAUAAAAUCUAUUAUUUUGACACUAAAGUCUCUUGAUUACUUUAUUUUAAAUAACUCUUUAAUAUAUUUGUUACAGUAAACUUGGCGAAUACCAAAGAGAACAUGAAGACGCAGCUACAGAUAUGUCGACGUACGUCUCGAAUCCAA